AGCAACAUGGCGGUCCCUACAAAACAGUAUGGGCUGAUCUUGCCUCAGAAGAAAGGAGUUUCAAAGACCCUGCAGAAACACUCAGUGUUUGGAGAUGACUCAGAUGAUGAGACCACAGUUGGAGAGAGUCUGCAGAAAGAAGCAGUCAAAAAGAAGAUGAUGAAGCAGACACGUUUGGAGAUGCACAAGGCCUUGGAGCAGGACAGCACUGUAUAUGACUAUGAUGCUGUGUAUGAUGACAUUCAAAAACAGAGACUUGAGAGCAACAAAAAAAUUCUGGGAGGCGUUGACAAAAAGCCAAAGUAUAUCCACCAGUUAAUGAAAGCAGUCGAGGACCGAAAGAAAGAACAAGAACGAAGGGAAGAAAGGAAGAUCCAGAAGGAAAGAGAGGCAGAGGGAGAGAAAUUUGCAGAUAAAGAAGCUUACGUUACUUCAGCCUACAAGCAAAAACUGCAGGAGCAGAAGGAGGAGCAGGAGAGAGAGAAGAGAGAAGCAGCGAUGGAAGCGGCUUUGGAUGUGAAGAAACAAAAAGACCUAAGCGGCUUCUACAGGCACCUGCUGAAUCAGACUGUAGGAGAGGAGGAGAUACCGGAUCGCUCAGCAAACAAAACUCAAACCUCAAAGAUUUCAAAAGACACAGAGAGGACUUCGCCUUCACCUCAUGACAAUAUCCCAAGUUCAUGCAGUGACAGUGAGGAGGUUCAUGAGCAGAAGUCUGGGUUUAGUAAGCCUGGGGCAGGCUCCGCUCACUCAAAACGUCAAUACAGACAGAGGUCACCCUCAUCGGGGAGCGGAGAAGAGAAAGAGAGAGAGAAGGAGAGAGACAGACAUAAGAAGAGCCACAGAGAUCAAGACAGAGACAGAGGACGGGACAGAGACAGAGAAAGAGACAGAGAAAGAGAAAGAGACAGAGACAGAGAUAGGGACAGAGAUAGAGACCGAAACAGGGGAAGGGAACGGGAUGACAGGCACGGAGGAAGACGAGAUGACAGGGAUAGAAGGAAAGACAGGGACAGAGACAGAGACCGAGGCAAAGACGAUGACAGAAGCAGAGGCAAGGAUACAGACAGGGAGGACAGGCAUGGGAAGAGGGAGAGGAGCCCUAAAGAAAGAGAGAGGUAUAAGAAUGGCGAAAGAGAGAAGAGGAGGAAUCCAGAUGAAGACAAGCAGAAGGACAAAGAUAAUGAAGAAGAGAAGGAGAGAAAGAAGGAACCAGAGAAGGAGAAGGCAAUGAGGAGAGAAGAAAAAGAUCCAGAAAAGAAGGAAGCAGUCGGAGAGCACGGAAAUGAAGAUGUACAGAAAAAGGAAGGCAAGGAGAAAGAGGGCACGGAGGAGAAGGCGAACAAGUUUGCAAAGCGCAGCACGGAUCAGACUGUGAGUUCAGCCAGAGACCGGUACAUGGCCAGACAGAUGGCACGCUCGGCCUGCAAGACUUACAUAGAGAAGGAGGAGGACUGAUAGCUGUGCAGCACAAAGCACACACAUCCCUGACCUGCACACAACCUUUAUCUCUGUUAAGAGGAUACAGCUAAUGUUAAUGUUAUUUUUUUAACAAAUCCCAUAAAAAGCCCAAAAUGAAUGACUUGUAGGGUUCCCACAUCAUGGAAAAAAAAAUCACAAUCUUAUGUUCCAGGCCUGGAAAAGUCAUUUGUAAAAAUUAUUAAAAGUUUUGUAAAUGUCACAAAAUUUUGUUGUGCCUAAUAAAAUUAAUUGUUACAGUAACCUUCCGGGGAUAACCUUCCAAAUAAUGUAACCUAACGGCAAAUUCAUUUUCUGUACGUGGUGCACGGGUCAACUUAGAGCAGCAGCACGAUAUAUCGUUUCGGCAUCGACUUCGUGGCACACAAUAGUCGAAUUGAAGGGCUCUCUCCCUACAUGCUUCAGUCUUCCCUUAAUCCAGAGCAGGUACUCUACCUCAUGCCAACAUUUUUACUUCUGCAGGUUUUCCAUAUCAAAGCAACCAGACACAACCAGCUGUCCCAGCUGAGUAAACACUUAUUUUCACUCAUUUUUGUCAUACAAAAAGCAAAAAUGUACCUAAAAAAAGACUAACAAUCAAGCUUAUACACAAAGUACUAAAGUCAGGGUAACUUAUCUCCAAAGACAAACAAAGUGACAGUAAUGCCACUUUUUGUGCAGUUGAGCCACUCUUAAUCAUCAUCGGGGGAAUUCCAUCACUGCGACAGCCCUAAUGUGGAAUUGACUCAUUAUAAACCACAAGUGACCAUGUUUAUUGGAAUACAACUAUCACAUCAAUAAUGGCUUAUUGAUGUGAUAGUUUUGGACAACAGUUGAGGUAGCUGUGACAAUAAUAAGUAAUGGAGAGAGUAAUCAGGUUUGGGGUACACAGACUCGUUUUUAGGAUCUAUUUUAAUCUUUUUAUGGGAUUUGUUGACAAUAAAAAUAUUGAAUAUUGACCUUAACCUGUAACUGCUGACUCCACCAUACACUGCAGUACUCAGGUUUAAACAGCAGAGUGUGCUCAUGGUCUUUAGUGAUGAGAGAGAGAACUGGACUUUUUUUUCCCCUUUGAUUUAUUAUUGUGAAAUAAAAACACUGAUUUGUAAAUAUAAGUUUUGACAGAGAGCCCUUUGUAAUAUUACACAGAAGAAUGAGUGUAUAUAGUAAAUCUUAUUAACUGGGAAGAAGUUCAGAACUAAAUGAUGAGCCAGUGAUGUUGUGUUUGUUAGUUUGGGUUUUGUAUGUUUCUGAUGUACUCAGUGAUGAGUUAAUAAAAUCAUUUCUGAUC